AUGCCAGAACAAAGUAAUGAUUACCGUGUGGUGGUCUUCGGUGCUGGAGGUGUGGGGAAGAGCUCUCUGGUCUUGCGCUUUGUUAAGGGCACUUUCCGAGACACUUAUAUCCCGACGAUCGAGGACACCUACAGGCAGGUCAUCAGCUGCGACAAGAGCGUCUGUACCUUGCAGAUCACGGACACCACCGGGAGCCACCAGUUCCCGGCUAUGCAGCGCCUCUCCAUCUCCAAAGGCCAUGCCUUCAUUCUGGUCUUCUCCAUCACCAGCAAGCAAUCCCUGGAGGAGCUAAAGCCCAUCUACCAGCAGAUUGUGCAGAUCAAAGGCACUGUGGAGAGCAUCCCUAUUAUGCUGGUGGGAAACAAGUGCGACGAGACGCAGCGUGAGGUGGAGACGAAAGAGGGCGAGGCAGUGGCCAAGGAGUGGAAGUGCGCCUUCAUGGAGACGUCAGCCAAGAUGAACUACAAUGUCAAAGAGCUCUUCCAAGAGCUGCUCAACCUAGAGAAGAGAAGGAACAUGAGCCUCAAUAUCGACGGCAAGAGGUCCAACAAGCAGAAGAGGACAGACAAAAUCAAGGGGAAGUGCAGUCUUAUGUGA